CCUGUCCGCCACUCCCUUCCCUCUCGCGACCUCAGAUCACGCGACGCAAGGAGAAAGAAAAAAAAAAUGGCGCAGCUGGUGGAGACGUACGCGUGCUCGCCGGCGACGGAGCGCGGCCGUGGGAUCCUCCUGGCCGGGGACCCCAAGACGGACACGAUCGCCUACUGCACGGGCCGCAGCGUCAUCAUCCGCCGCCUCGAUGCGCCCCUCGACGCUUGGGCCUACCAGGACCACGCCUACCCCACCACCGUCGCCCGCUUCUCCCCCAACGGCGAGUGGGUCGCCUCCGCCGACGCCUCCGGCUGCGUCCGCGUCUGGGGCCGCUACGGCGACCGCGCGCUCAAGGCCGAGUUCCGACCCCUCUCGGGACGCGUCGACGACCUCCGCUGGUCCCCCGACGGCCUGCGCAUCGUCGUCUCCGGGGACGGCAAGGGCAAGUCCUUCGUCCGCGCAUUCGUGUGGGACUCUGGCAGCACAGUUGGUGAGUUUGAUGGGCACUCAAAGAGGGUUCUGAGCUGUGACUUCAAGCCUACACGUCCAUUUCGCAUUGUGACAUGUGGUGAAGAUUUUCUGGCUAACUUUUAUGAAGGACCACCAUUCAAAUUCAAGCAUUCCAUAAGGGAUCACUCAAAUUUUGUUAAUUGUAUCCGGUAUGCUCCUGAUGGUAGUAAGUUUAUCACUGUGAGUUCUGAUAAGAAGGGUUUGAUAUAUGAUGGCAAAACUGGAGAGAAGAUAGGAGAGCUUUCCACUGAAGGCGGUCAUACAGGGAGCAUAUAUGCUGUUAGCUGGAGUUCUGAUAGUAAACAGGUUCUAACAGUUUCUGCUGAUAAAUCUGCGAAAGUAUGGGAUAUCAUGGAAGAUGCAAGUGGGAAGUUGAAUCGAACUUUGGCUUGCCCUGGUAUAGGAGGUGUGGAUGAUAUGCUUGUUGGUUGUCUCUGGCAGAAUGACCAUCUCGUGACAGUCUCUCUUGGUGGGACAUUUAAUGUGUUCUCUGCAAGCAACCCAGACCAAGAACCAGUUACAUUUGCAGGACAUUUGAAGACUGUUAGUUCUUUGGUCUUCUUUACUAAAAGUAGCCCAAGAACUAUACUAUCUACUAGCUAUGAUGGUGUCAUCAUGAGGUGGAUACUGGGUGUUGGAUUUGGUGGCAGAUUGACGCGCAAAAACAACACUCAAAUAAAAUGCUUUGCUGCAGUAGAAGAAGAGCUUGUUACCUCAGGUUAUGAUAAUAAGGUCUUCAGAAUUCCACUUAAUGGAGACCAGUGUGGAGAUGCUGAGUCAGUUGAUGUAGGCGGUCAGCCAAAUGCUUUGAACCUUGCACUUCAAAAACCUGAAUUUGCACUGAUCACUACUGAUUCUGGGAUUGUAUUACUGCACAACUCAAAAGUCAUCUCUACAACCAAAGUUAACUAUACCAUCACUUCAUCUUCGGUAUCUCCUGAUGGCACGGAAGCUGUUGUGGGUGCUCAAGAUGGGAAACUGCGAAUUUAUUCCAUCAGUGGCGAUACACUUACAGAAGAAGCUCUGCUUGAGAAGCACCGGGGCGCUAUCACUUCCAUACAUUAUUCACCAGAUGUUUCUAUGUUUGCUUCUGCUGAUUCCAACAGGGAAGCUGUUGUGUGGGAUCGGGCAAGUAGAGAGAUCAAGCUGAAGAACAUGUUGUACCACACAGCUAGGAUAAACUCCCUGGCUUGGUCACCUGACAGUCGAUUGGUUGCCACUGGCUCACUGGACACCUGUGCAAUUGUCUACGAGAUAGACAAGCCAGCAACCAGUCGCAUCACUAUCAAGGGAGCCCAUCUUGGUGGAGUUCAUGGUUUAACCUUCCUGGAGAAUGAUACUCUGGUGACUGCAGGCGAGGAUGCUUGCAUUCGUGUUUGGAAGGUGGUGCAGCAAUAGGUUACUCAUUAUUCUGGUGUGCAUUGAGAAUGUCUUUGCUAUUCAUUGGAAUAAACUUCUUUUUUCUUCUGUGCUUGUUGGUACGGUGGCACCCACAGGCCAUAGCAUCACCGUUGCCUUCUCUGCGAUUUGUGCUCUAAAUUUCCUUUACAAUUCUUUUUGAGUUGUGUUAUUUUCGCUUGUUUUUUUUUCAGUAAGAAAGACUCCUUUGUAAGUGUAUCCCUCCAUGGCUGCAUCUGAUUUUGUUAGGAGCUGUGAGAAUAUAGGGAUACUGUUGCUUAUCUUACCCUGGUCCCUGAAGUAGUCGUUAAUAACUGGCUUCGCUGUGGUGCAAGUUUUCACGAA